GUUUGUAGAAUUAAUAAAUUGAAUUUUAUUUUUUAAAUGAAAUAGAAAUCAAAACGGAGGAUCAUAGGGUUUUAUUAAUAUUAAUAUUCAAGAGGAGUGUUUGCUGUUAAGUAUCAACAAGAGACCGUAGUAAUUUGCUUGAUCUUACACAAGAAGGUUGUGAUUAUGGAGCGCAGAAUAGGAGAGAGAGAGGCCAAGAAGCAGAAGUCAGAAAGAGGCAACCGUCAGGUUCUUGGAGAUAUUGGCAAUCUUGAAGGGAAUCAAACUUCACGACCCAUCACAACGAACUUCUAUGCAAAACAAUUGGCAAAUGCACAAACUGCAGCAAACCUGAUACCAGGGUUACAAGUGCCAACUAAUCACCAAGGAGUUGCACAAGGAAAUCAAAAUGUUGGUGAAGAUCGGACUGAUGAGCCAAAACCUGAGCCUAUGGACGUGUCUAGUUCUGAAUCAGGAGAAAAACAAGAUUUUGCUCCUAAAAAAAAGCGCAGGGGAAGAUCUUCUAUGAAGGCCGCGACUCUGAAUUCAGCACCUAUAACAGAAAGCAAGAGUGCUAGCAGAAUCUUGAUUGAGCCCGAGGUUCAGCCUUCUGACUUGGCUACCAGAAUCUCAAUCGAACCUGAGGAUCAGCCUUCUGACUCGGCUAGCAGCAUCUCGAUUGAACUCAAGGAUCAGUCUCUUGACUUGGAUGGAGAUGAUGCAACUAAUAAUUUGGCAGCAUUUGAAUAUAUUGAUGAACUAUACAAUUUCUACAAGCUAACAGAAGAAGAAAGCCAAAUUUAUGAUUACAUGGAAUCACAGCCAGAAAUCAAUAUGAAAAUGAGGACUAUUCUUGUGGACUGGCUUGUUGAGAUUCAUUUGCAUUUUCAAUUAAGGACAGAGACACUCUUUCUUACCAUUAACAUAAUUGAUAGAUAUCUCUCAUUGAGUGAUGUACCAAAAAAAGUGCUACAGUUAGUGGGAAUAUGUUCAAUGCUCAUUGCUAUCAAAUUUGAAGAGAUAUCACAUCCUGAGGUCAAUGCCUUCUUGGAUAUAUCAGCUAAUGCUUAUAACAGAAAUCAGUUUAUUUCAAUGGAGAGAGAUAUUAUUCAAAAGCUACAAUGGAAUUUUACAGUUCCUACACCCUAUGUAUUUUUAGUUCGACUUAUCGGAGCCUCUAUUGUGCAAGAUAAAGAGAUGGAGCACUUGGCAUUUUACAUAGCAGAACUUGGUCUUCUUCACUAUCAUGUAUUUUUAUAUUCCUCUUCAAAUAUUGCUGCAGCAGCUGUUUAUUCUGCUCGUUGUAUACUCAAUAGGAUUCCACAUUGGACUCAAAAUCUACAAAUCCUAUCCGGUUACUGCAGACAUCAGAUCAAAGAUUGCGCUAAGCUAUUAGUGAGGAUACAUGCAAAUGCAGCAGAUAAGAAAAACCAAACAGUGUAUUUCAAAUUCUUAAAUAGUAACAAAGGUCAUAUUGCUCUAUUACCACAGCCACAUAACAUCGAAGAAAGAUUGUAGAAACUUCCAAGAAGAAUAUUUUUUUUUGUUUCUGCAUUUUCUGAAUCUCGAUCAAAACUACUCAAGAAUCCAAUGUACAGGUUCAGUUGUUUUGAAAACUUUGAUUUGAUAAAUUAAUGUUACUAUAAUAAACACACAGGUUCAGUUGUUUUGAAAA